AUGGAAAGACGUCUGAUAACGACGACGGCGAUGGCGGCGAUGGUGGCGACAGCGACGGCGAGAACGAUAACGAUUGAUGGUGGCGGUGUCACCGAUAGCGGCGACGACGAUCGAAUUGAGGAUGGAGGCGACGAUGACGAGGACGAGGACGAGGACGACGGCGAUGACAAGAGCGAGGAGACGUCAGUAAUUAACCAGUACUUUCAUAGGAUUUUACUAUCUCCGAAUGAGACUCUCAAGGGACGACAAUGCCCUGAGCAAAGAGUUAUAAAGAUUCGAAGCACUUCGUUAGCGGAGCCAGAGGUGGUGUCGAAAGAAGAGCGUUACUGUGACAACAGAAUCAAAUCCUCAAAGUACACAAUCUUUAAUUUCCUACCAAAAAACCUGUUUGAACAAUUCCGGAGAAUCGCCAAUUUCUAUUUUCUCAUCAUGGGGUUAAUACAGUUGAUCAUCGACAGUCCAGUGAGUCCAGCUACCAACAUUCUUCCGUUGCUCUUUGUAGUCUCCGUCACAGCAGUUAAACAGGGUUACGAGGAUUGGUUAAGACACAGAGCUGAUAAUGAUGUCAACAAUCAGUUGGUAGAUGUCUUGAGUAAUGGAGAAUUGGAGAAAAUCAAAGCAAAGGAUAUUAAGGUUGGAGACAUUGUUCGAGUGAGCAUCAACAAAGGCUUCCCCUGUGAUAUGGUCAUGAUCUCAUCAGAUAACUCUGAAGGUUCUUGUUAUGUCACUACUGCCAACCUCGACGGGGAAACAAACCUGAAGACUUUCACCUCUGCUACUGAAACCAAAAGCUACCAAACUGUAGAUCAACUGAAGGACUUGAAUGCAACCAUUACCUGCAAACAACCUCUGGUGGAAUUGUACAACUUUGUUGGGUACCUCAGCCUCAAAGAAAACGAAAACGAAGAAACUGAGAUCCCUUUGGGGUCACAGAACCUACUUCUAAGAGGGGCCAGACUUCGUAAUACGCCAUAUAUCUAUGGUUGUGCUGUGUACACAGGCCAAGAAACCAAAAUGGCACUUAAUUCCAAAUUCAAGAGCGCCAAAGUUUCUGUAGUUGAAAGGACGAUGAAUGUUUAUCUGAAGUUUUUUCUGUGUCUGUUGAUUGCUGAGGUUGGUGUCUGCACAGGAUUGCAUUAUUGGUUUGCAAAGAAAAUGGAUAAGACAUCUCACUGGUAUGUCGAUGCUCAUGCACCUAUCACUACAUCAAAAGUGGUUGAAGACUUCCUGGCAUUUCUGGUCAUCCUAAAUUACACCAUUCCUAUCUCUCUCUAUGUAACUAUAGAAGUACAGAAGUUUAUUGGAUCAAAGUUCUUUGCCUGGGAUUUAUCGAUGUAUGAUGAAGACCGAAAUAUUGCUGCCAAACCCAACACAUCUGAUCUCAACGAAGAAUUAGGACAAGUAGAAUACUUGUUCACCGACAAAACUGGUACGUUAACACAAAAUUCCAUGAAGUUCCAACAGUGCAUCAUUGGAGACAGGUGUUACAUAGACUUUAAGGACCAACUGUGUGAAAAACCAGAAGUACAUGAGGUCGAUCCAGAACCUGUAAAGGUCCUCAACCAAGAAGUUCAAGAUUUCUUUGAAGUGCUGGCAUUGUGUCACACCGUCCGAGUGGAUUAUUCCAAAUUCAAGUCCAUCGCCACAGGAAGACAUUACAGUGUUUCAGGCAUUGAAUACAGCUACCAGGCAUCGUCUCCCGAUGAGAAAGCAUUCCUUGAUGCUUGCAGAAAGUACGAGGUAGUGUUCCAUGGCACUUAUGAAUCCAGACUUCAGGUGUCAUAUCAAGGACAGAUGAUACGAUACACCUUGCUCGAUUGCUUUGACUUUGAUUCUGACAGAAAGAGGAUGAGUGUUGUCGUGAAAAACGAAAACAAUGAAAUCUACCUCCUCUGCAAGGGUGCAGAAUGUUCCAUAAUGGAUAGAAUUGUAAGCGGCCACAAAUGUUUAAUUUCCCAGCAAAUAAACUACUAUGCCAAGCUCGGUCUACGUACUUUGGUAAUUGCUAGGAAAAAACUCACGCAAGAAGAAUACACGAUAUACAAGCAAAAGCUUGCAGAAGCAAAAAAAGAUUUGAAGAACCGUGAAGAAAUGCUUUCCAAGGUUUUCAAUGAAGUCGAGGAUAAUCUCAUACUUCUUGGAGCAACUGGCGUCGAGGACAAACUGCAGGAUGGUGUUCCAGAGACAAUGCGGUGCUUGAGAGACGCAGGAAUCAAAAUCUGGGUCCUGACUGGAGAUAAAGAGGAAACUGCUGUAAAUAUAAGUUAUUCUGCUGGCCAUUUUGAAGAAGGUUCUUUUGAACUUCGCCUCACCAAUUUCAAUAUCUUGAACAGCUCAGAUAUCGUAGACUGUCAAAUAGAAUUAAGGAAACAUCUAGACAUAGUCAAUGACAAACUAUCAUAUGGCUCCAGGUAUGUUCUAAUCGUCGAUGGUUGUACACUUACCAUCCUGCUGAAACACAACAGGGAAGAUCUGUGCGCCCUCUGCCUGAAAUGUUCAACAGUUCUCUGCUGUCGUCUGAUUCCACUGCAAAAAGCAUCGAUAGUAAAUUUAAUAAAGACAUCGAAAUUAAGGCCCAUAACUGCUGCCAUUGGUGAUGGUGCUAACGAUGUCAGUAUGAUCCAAGAAGCUCAUGUGGGACUUGGAUUGUUUGGCAAAGAAGGCAGACAAGCAGUGCGGUGCAGCGAUUACGCAUUUUCUCAGUUUCGAUUCCUGAUUCCAGCCCUACUUAAACACGGCCACUACUACUAUGUCCGGGUGGCCAACCUCGUCCAGUAUUUUUUCUAUAAGAACAUAGCAUUCAUCACGACACAGAUAUAUUACGGCUACUUCAAUACAUUCUCUCAGCAGUCAUUAUUUGAAAGCUUCCUUCUCAUGUUCUACAACAUCACAUUCACUUCAUUACCUAUCUUCAUCUAUGGACUCUUUGAGCAAGACAUCAACUGUACAGAACUGAUCACCAUUCCCACCAUUUACAGAAAAUACUACAAAAACAAAUUGUUGUCUGGAAAACAGUUUUUAAAAUGGAACCUUCUGGCUAUUUGGCAUUCACUGGUUGUAUACUUUGGGGUCCAGUUACUGAUUUCUGACACAACUUCAAUUUUUGAAGAUGGCAAAUCUAUUGGGAACUGGUCCUUUGGGUUCAUGGUUUACUUUGUGUGCACUGUCACUGUAAACUUGAAGCUUGCAGUGGAAACCUACUCCUGGUACCACCUCUUCGCAUUGUCCUUCGUCAUUACAUUUGUCGGCUCUUUUAUCCUUUUAUUUAUUUACGACAGUUUCCUGUGGAGUCAGUUCCUUGACAGCAAUAACUUGUACAUGAUUCUUCAAAACAUCCUCACCAGUGGCACAUUCUGGCUCACCAUCAUUAUUCUACCUUGUGUUGCCUUGUUACCAGAUUACCUCAUCAAGUUCGUUUAUGAUGUCAAAUACCACAACAAAUUACAAAGAGCAGGAGGCUACAUAAGAUUUUAUGGAGAACAGGAUCUUCCUGAUGACAUGAGAUGAAAGUGGAAACAGAGGGGAAAACGAGAGAGAGAGAGAGAGAGAUUAAGAAAGAUGAAAAGUCUGUAAGCUGUUUGUUCUAACCCAGCUACGAAGGAAGAAGUGAAAAGGUGAUACUUUGAAAAGGAGAUUUGCCUGUUGCUAACAAGCUAAUCACCGUCAUAGAUUAGCAACACAUAGCUAAUCUGGUCACCUUCUAAUGUUAGCAACGCUAGCUUGUCAUUUUUUGAAGAUUAAUACCAUCAGCUAAUAACAACCCACUGAGAUUAGCAACACUGACUGAUCAUCUUUGGAGAUUAGCAACACUAUCAAUAUCAGCAAAUAAUUCACAGAAAUAAGCAACCCUAAAAAAUGAAUUCUGGGAGAUUAGCAAUGCAAAUUCACAGUACAAGCAGAUUAGCCCUGCUAACUAAUCACCCUCAAAAAUUAGUCACAUCAGCUAAUAGUCCACGGAGAUUAGCAACACAAAUUGAUCAUCUUUGAACACUAGCAACAGUAGUUAAUCACUCACAAAGAUCAGUAACACCAGCUGGUCUUCAAAGACUAACAACACCAGCUAAUCAUCUUCACAGAUUAGCAACACCAGCUAAUCAUCUUCACAGAUUAGCAACAUUGGCUAAGAAAAAAAAAAAACUCACAGAUGCUAUUUUAUAAAUUUUAUUUUUUUACUUUUAUUUUUCACACAUGGAUUCACUAAAAAAAAUGCUCAAAGUUAAAAUUUCCUGAUGCUUUGUUUCAUUGCAGAUGAAUCUAAGCCACCACAUCACUUAGCAUAUUGUAUGAGUGUGUGCAUUUUCGUUUGUGUGUGUGGGAGAGUAUGUAAGAAUGUAUGUAUGUGUGUAUAUACAUAUAUAUAUAUAUAUAUAUAUAUAUAUAAAUGAAUCUAUAUAUGUACAAAUAUCCAUGUUUGUAUAUGUAUGUAUAUAUAUAUAUAUAUAUAUAUAUAUAUAUAUUUAUAUAUAUACGCAUACACAGCACAAAUUUACACCCAUUUAAAUCUGAUUUACUAAUAAACAAUUAUAACUGAUUCUACACACUUCUAAUAGAAACAAAUAUUACACAUACAUAUGUAUGUGUGUAUAUGUAUAUAUAUGUAUGUAUAUAUUUAUGUAUAUAUGUGUGUGUAUAUAUAUAUAUAUAUAUAUAUAUAUAUAUAUAUAUAUAUUGAUAGAAAUGGUAAGACAACAAAAGAAUGAAUGAGACCUCGAUAUUAUGUAAAUAGAAGAAUUUAUUUGUAAUAUAAUAUAUGACAAUUAUUCGGUUGCCAUAAUAAGACUCAGAGUUUCGGAUGUCGGGGCAGAAACCUGCUCCAGCAUCUCUUCAGUUAUCGAGGCUUGUGUAUGUGUGCAUAAUCAUCUCAUAUCCUUUCAUUCCAUCAUCUGUUAACGAAUUGUUGGAGAAAAAAAUAACAUAUUCCUGUGUCAGUCUCAACUGAACGGAAGAAACCAAAAUACAUAAAACUGACGCAUUCUGCUGGGUAUAUAUGUACCCCAGCG